UUCUGUGUCUGAAACUGACCGUCGUUAUGGCUGAUGAGAAGAAGUCGCAGUCAACCUCCAAGAAGGGCGCAAAGAAAAUCAUCAAGAAGGCGCCAGGCAAAGGCAGCAAGAAAAGGAAACGAUCCAGGAAAGAAAGUUACUCCAUCUACAUCUACAAAGUGAUGAAGCAGGUUCACCCCGACACCGGCAUCUCCUCCAAGGCCAUGAGCAUCAUGAACUCGUUCGUUAACGAUAUUUUCGCGGGGGAGGCAUCCCGCCUGGCCCAUUACAACAAACGCAGCACCAUCAGCUCCCGGGAGAUCCAGACCGCCGUGCGGUUGCUGCUGCCUGGGGAGCUGGCCAAGCAUGCCGUGUCGGAGGGUACGAAAGCGGUGACCAAGUACACCAGCUCCAAGUGAGAUCCCACAUUGUGCUGCAAAACACGCAUCCAAAACCCAAGGGCUCUUCUCAGAGCCACCCACAACUUCAUUGAAAGAAGCUGAGCUAUUGUAUUUUCAUUACUGAUUUGCUUUAGUUUGAAAUUGAUUCUGGGGAAUCGUCUAUUUAUGCAUUUGGCUGUUUAAGUUUGUGUGAUAAGUGGUCGCUGUUCUUCUCCACUUUAUUUUCCGUUGUGUUCACAUACAGUCUCUUCCCUACCUCCAGAGAGAGAGCAAAUUAAACCAGCCAUUGAUGAUCUAAUUCUGUCAGUUAUCCUUUCAUACUCGGUCAGUUCAGUAGCUGCACGCCCUGGUGGAGGAGGAACCGUGAAGUUUAUCCAUGGGGGAAAAAAAAGUCUCCCUGUCUUUGAAUCCCCUGAAUAGGUACAUUUUGAGAUCGCUGGUCUUUUGUUUUAAUUUCCAAAUCUCCACGGGAGUUGUGUCCGUUUGGAAAAUGCUGUAAAGGAGGCUUUCUUCUGUGGGUGAGAGACUUUCAAAAUGAACCGAGAUAACCCAGAACUGGAACAGCAAAUUUGUGCUUUUGCUGAGGUAUGAUUAGGUAAGAUAAGGGACCGCGAAUUUAAAAUAUUGUCCAGAGACGGUGUUCGCUGUUAAUGCGCUCACCGGGAAGAACGAUGUCUGAUGCUUUAUCAAUAUACCGAUAGGC